AUGUGCGAAUUUAUAUACGAAGUUUUCAAAUGCGGACAUUACUUAAAAUGGAUUCAAAUCUGUACCGAGGAUGAGAAAAGGCAAUGCCAACCAAAAGAUACUACCUCAACCAAACUAGACUGUUGGUGCGAAAUUUCCAACUGCGACCGCGAGCAAAACCAGGACCGUCGCGAAGGCCCAGGGAAUCGCAUUAACGGUGGUUUUGCCGACGGUAUUAUCGAC